CGCGGGCACAGAUCGACAGGUCGCGUCUUGAGCUGCUGAUUUUUAAAAGAGGACUUCAUUUUAAUUCUGGUGUUUUUAUCUUGCUAUUAUUUGCUGGCACCUACCCACCUGGACCUUCAUCUGAAGUUUAUCCUUCGUGAAGCUUCAGUGACGGAAACAAAGCAGUUCACUAGAAAAGAGGAGGUGGACGUGGCACCUAAAAUCACUCAAACAGACAUGGAUGAAGAAAUAGCCUCCAAGACAUCUAAAAAGAUCAUUCCUCCCGAAUGGCCACACUUAAAACCUCUUUCUGACCACUCAAGGAGAGUCACUUGUGACCAAAAGACCAGUCUUCAUCCUCCAAGGAGAUUUUCUAAUCCGUUUAUUAAUUUUAAAAUUGAGGUAGUUAGCAACUGCACAAGUAACAGGAAAAUGGACGAUUCCAGUGUUGACGAAGGUUAUGAGACUCCAGCAAAAAAGGCCUGGAUUCCAAAGGCAUUGUCCCCAGAUCUCGGCUGUUACAUGGACUAUUGCAGCCCUCUCACCAGACGGCAGUCAGUUUCACCUUUGUCCACCUCUAACCCUGCUUUCUUACAUAAGACACAAGGUACUAGGAGUGCUACAAAAGAAAAUGUGAACCGUGAGCUCCACCUGAAGCAUUUAGGGUCUUCUACAGAUCCAGGAGGUAAACGGGAGACUGUGUCAUCGAGUGUCCAGGGUGAGAAGGUCCCUUCCCAUCUUGGAGUCACCUUUAACUGUGAUGUUGAUGACAUUUUGUGCGACAAUCCCCGUGGCACUGCUAAUGCUGCAGGAUUUUCAGACGAUGUGGAAAGCUGCAGGAGUCUACAACGCAACAUACUUCAAAAUGUGGCACACGGACAAGUGGAGGAAAGAGGAGAUGGUCAAGUGCAGGAAGGACGAGCGGAGCUGAAGAAAGAUAUGUGUCUUAAUGUGAAAGAUGACAAAGGCUAUUUCUCCGUGUCCUCCUUUAAUGACCGUAAAAUAGGAACAAACCCCCCAGACUUGGUACACUCCUCUAGCCCCCUGCUCAAGACACCUGAUUCUGAGCUGUCACAGGAUAAAUUUCAUCCUGAAAGUUCAUCAGAGCCCCAGUGUUGUGAACAAGCUGCGAUAGUGGAUGACUUCUGUCCCUCUGUAAGUGGACCUCUGCUGCAGCCCAUGAACUUUCCUGUGGAAUGUUUACAAGGUGCAGAAGAGAUGCUGGAUGUUGGUCCUCCCAUAUUUGAGUCGUCUGUGUGCGACACCAUCACAGACAAGUUAAACACUAGUAAACAGAGUGACCCGGGGUCAGAGGAGACGCAGGAAGAUGUGACAGGUUCUGUCCACGACUGUCAGGACACAGCUUGUGACAGCAGCUCUUCAACUACGUUACCUCUCCAAAUGCAGGUGAAAUCUAAGGUGGUCAUUCCCACCAGCAGCAACAAACCAGUAGCCCCUCUCCCCCCAGGACAGAACACUAAGCUGACAAAGUCAAACCCAGACAAGGACAGAACUGCCAAACAUGUGAAGAAGAAUCAAAGGACUGUGACUUUGAAGAGAGGGGUCGACUGGGAGUAUAGAAAAAAUCAGUACGUUCAUUCAGUGACCCAACACAUGACUAAGAGUCCAGGAGCAAAUCAUGGUGUGAUGUCUGAGCUGCUGAACCUGAUGAGCCAUGUGGCCAAGCAGACAGCCGGCUCUAAUGGCACACGGUGGCAGCAUCCAUCUGACCUCACACGCAGAAACUACCAAGAAAGUUUUGGCAAUGCAACACCAAGGAUGACUCUUCGCGACUGGCUGGCCAGGAACUCUCCAACACACAAGCGCUUUGCCAAGGUGCCCAAACGUUUGGAGAGGACCCCAUUUCCUUAAACCAGGACUUCUGGGUGGGCUGAAAAAUGCACUUGUGUAUAUGCCAAAAAAAAAAACCCCAACAUUGUAAUUAUCACUAUGCUUCAUAUAAAUGAUUGCACUAUUUUAUUUUGUUUUAUUGUGUUUAUUUAGUUUUUUUUUUGGGCAGUUUGAAUGUUGUUUUUUGUUUGUCUUUUAACUAUGCAUGGACUUUAAAUAUAACAUUUAAUGUUUGCACUGCUUUUUUUGUUAGUUUGAAAGCUGCUCUGGUUUUCUUUCAACUAUGCGAGUAACUUUUAUAUAGAAGCUGAUGCGUGUUUUAAGAAUUUUGAUGUUGAUGGACUUUUAAAAAAGCACUGAAGUGUUUCAAGAGUCUGUAAUGACUUCUUAAAAUAAUUGUUACUGUGCCUUUAUGAAGUGUGUUUUGUAAUUCCAUUAAUGCUUUUUCAACUUGAAUUGUUCUUUUUUGAUGUUGUCGCGUUUGCUCUGCAUAUGAUCAGUCCGGUGAGUUUCUCAUCUGUUCCAGUUGAUUUUUGCCUGUGGGGCUUAUAAUGAUCUCACAUCUGUUUGUGUAGAUGACAGUGACAGCAGCCAGCAGAACUUAAAAAUAAACUUGAACACAGUUAAUAGCCAUUUAGAAUACUUAGUAACAGUGGAUUGAUUGUGCUUCCUUUGUAGAGCUGAUGAUGUAUUGUAAUGGUGUUUUUGUGGAUCAAUGAUUCCCAGCCUUAACCUGAAAGCUGAGACUACCCCCAACAGAAAACAAGACUUCACAUUUAUGGGCUUUUCCCCAGACUUUUUGUGUCAUAGUUGGAGUGCAGCAAGGGCUGGAAUAAUGAAAACUACUCCACAAACAGGAAGCAAGAUGAUUUUAGUUGUGAUGUGGGCGGUGUUAGAACUUUCUCUGUAUUUGAAGACUUGUGACAAAUCUGCAUCAUCUGGUGAAGUUUUCAUACCCAUUUAUGUACUUAAACCAUAAGGUAGUGACCAAUUGCUCCACAAGAAUUAAGUAGAUGUUUUCUGAAUUAAUUAUGGCCUUGAAGCUCUAGCACUUAUCCUGAUGUUAAUUUGCUGCCUUACUCAGUGUUUUAGAAAAGUUCUCAUUUUGUUCUCAACAGCCAACUUGCUGAUUUGAGUGAGGCACUUCUGAUGUAAGUUUUUACCUCAGAUUUAAGUAAUGUUACAUAUACAGUUUUUUGUAAACCUCCAGUUGAAUGUAGAUGAUAAAUCUGUAAACCGUUCACACCUUCUACUUAAUAUGCAACUGAAAACGGAUGUUGGAGGUGAUUGUGUCAUUGCAUUACAUUUAUGAGGAGUGCUCUUGUCAGCUUUGGCAUUUUGUUUCUGUUUAGACUUAAAAAAAUGAAUAAAGUUAGACACAUUUCUGUGAAAGUUGCUUCAAAUAGUUCAAUUGUAAACGCUUUGCCUCAACAGAUUCAAGUUGUGACACUUGUCUUUGUCAGAAUGCAGGAAGGUUUCUGCAAAUCCCUGGACUUUUUCUCAGGUGGUUGUUGCUUACAAUAAUAAAGUUACAUGUUUAUG